AUGUCUCAAGAAUUAUACCAGGGGACUAAACUCCCGCACGAGAGGAGUAUACGUCUCCUGACUCUUCACGCGGGCGGGUCCUCGCCGCUGUCUUCCCCAGUGGAGUGCGAGCUACGGGUCGUCACCUUGCCCGACGUCGACUCUGAUAUAUCAUGGCCCUACUAUGCGCUCUCGUAUGCUUGGCAGGAGCCCCAAACCCUACAGAAGGCACCCCCUGGUAACAUCAGCAUCUCGUGCAACAACAUACAGAUUGGUGUUCCGAAGAAUCUGUUUGUCGCGCUCGUCAGACUCCGACAGAAGUUUCGGAAGCCUACCGACAUCUGGAUCGACUACCUGUGUAUCGACCAGUCGAGUACAAGCGAGCGGACCCAGCAGGUGGCUUUGAUGCAGGAGAUAUUCAGUCUUGCCUCGGAAGUACUUAUUUGGCUCGGUGAGCCGUCUUCAACUGGUCUGCAGGAGGGUGGGGGAUUUCAAGAACACUACCACUGGGGAGAGGAUAAUGAAGUUGAUCUCAUCACAACGUAUCGGGACUCCUUUAGUGAGUACCUGAGAGGAGGCAAUAUCUUCAAGUUCCUGGAUCUGGGUCAUGCAUACGGCAUAUUCUGCCUGCUCGAUCUUCUUAGCCGACGGGUGCCCGCAUCCCAGAUUCCAUUUCACGAGUCAUCGGUUGAUUCACCGGAGUUCAGACAAUGGGUCGACGGGCUUUGGACUGCGGUUUGGGAGAUGAUUGACAGGGCUUGGUGGAAAAGAACAUGGGUGGUACAGGAGUGCGUCUAUGCCAGGAAAGCCACAGUGCAUUAUGGGCACCUUAGUGCAAGCUGGGAAAUGUUCAGUGACGCGGCGCGCUUCUUCAUGGACAGCCGCCUCGGCCAUGACCUUGCUCAAGUCAGGCGUGUCAACGUAUCCGGAGCGACAGGAGAUCCUCUCCCGGAACUAUGCGGCCUCAUCUUGCAAAUCGAGUCUCCCAGAAGCGCUUUGAGUCAAGGGCAGUAUCUCUCUCCCCUUCAGACCCUCGUCCGGUUCCGCAGCAGGCACGCCACGGAUCGGCGAGAUAAGGUCUUUGCGUUUCUCGGCCUGCUCAAAGACCACUUUCUCACUCCGAGGUACGACAUGGCCACCCACCAGGUCUACUCGAAAGUCGCCAAGAGGAUCAUAAAGUCCACCGAGAACCUCGGGCUGCUCACGUCGGCGAGGCCGAUCACGAAUGAGGAAUUACAGACCUGGGUGCCUGACUGGAGCAUUACACCUGGAAAGCACGAGUGGCAAAGAGUGGAGCUCCUUCAGUUGUAUAAUGCGUCAAAAGGCAUGGAGCCUAUGGCAGCAAUGCACCACACGUCUACGGCAACACCUUUGCUGUUGGUGUCAGGCAUUUGGGUUGAUCGAGUAAGGGACGUCUUCCAAUCUUCGCCAGCCCCAGAGGACGGGUACUCCAGAUUCCAGACAACAGUUUCGCAUUGGGAGGUUCAGGCCCGCAAGAGCCUCGAGGUCCUACGUAGAGUCCAUUCGGGUCAAAGUCUUCUCAGCGCUGAUGAGUCUAUAAUGUCCGAUGCGGAAUGGAUAGGGGGUGGACAUUCGGAUGCAUUUUGGCGGCUUCUGUGCGGCGAUAUGAUGUAUGCCUCGGGCGCCAACAGCGAGGGCGAAUAUCGACGGACGCAACCAGAAGACCAGGAAUUAUUCAAGGCCUUCGCCCAGGAGGUUGUCGGUCUCAAUCGACGGAUGAGCAGGAUGACUAUUAAAGGGAAGAGGACUUUCUACCCCGUCAGGCCCGAGGCGUCCAACCGCACGAGGAAUCAGUUCUUCUAUGCGAUGCAGAUGAUGACGGCGGGGAGGAUCCUAUUUGUUACUAGGCAGGGGCGAAUGGGUGUUGGGCCCAAGGACACUGCCGUGGGCGACCACGUUGCGGUGCUCGCAGGCAGCACUGUGCCGUUCCUCUUGAGAGAUUCUUCGAACGUGCGCUGCCAUACGUAG